AUGUUAAGGUUGGCUAAUAGAGUUUCCAGAAAGGACAGUGGGAACUUGGGGAUAGCCCAAUUGAAGAAGAGACUCUUGGCCACUUCAGGUGUGUCACAAGGUGAGAUUUUGAGUAAAUAUCCUAUCGGUCUUAAUAUGCAUGGGUAUGUGAUUGAACAAGUUCAACCUAUACCAGAAUUUUCACUUGUAGCAGUCAAAUUGAAACAUUCUAGAACUGGAUCAGAACACUUACAUUUGGAUACACCUAAUGAUAAAAAUAAUGUAUUCCUGGUAGCGUUUAAGACGAAUGCUCCUGACGCCACUGGGGUUCCUCACAUAUUGGAACAUACAACGCUUUGUGGGUCAUUCAAAUACCCUGUUAGAGACCCGUUUUUCAAGAUGCUUAAUAGAUCGUUGAGUAAUUUUAUGAAUGCUAUGACGGGACAUGAUUACACAUAUUAUCCGUUUGCUACUACUAAUGCGAAGGACUUUGAAAACUUGAUGGAUGUAUAUUUAUCGUCAGUUUUCGAGCCGCUCCUUACUCAUGAGAGUUUUAUGCAAGAAGGAUGGAGAUUAGAGAAUUCAGAUCUUUCCGAUCCUAAAAGUCCUAUAAUCUUUAAAGGGGUUGUUUAUAAUGAGAUGAAAGGUCAAUAUUCUAACUCGGCAUAUUAUUAUUGGAUCAAAUUCCAAGAAGCCAUAUACGGGUCGUUAAAUAAUUCUGGGGGAAAUCCAAAUGAAAUUACUGAUUUAAGGUAUGAAGAUUUAGUUGAUUUCCACUCUUCAAAUUACCAUCCAUCCAAUGCAAAAACCUUUACUUACGGUAAUAUUGAAUUGGUUAAUCAUUUGAACAAACUAAAUGAGUUUUUUGAAUCUUUUGGUAGCCGUGGAAUAAGGACAAAUGUUAGAAAACCAAUAACUGAACUUAAUCCAAAUUAUGAAUCAGACGUCACUGUUAAGGGUCCCCUUGAUACGAUGUCAAGUAGGCCAAUCGAAGAACAAUACAAAUCUUCGAUUACUUGGGUGAUUGGGAACCCAUUAGAUGAAUCCAAAUUGUAUGACGUAUUUAAGUGGAAAGUUUUGAGUUCUUUGUUAUGUGAUGGUCAUAACUCGCCGUUCUAUCAGGAAUUAAUUGAAAAAGAAUAUGGAGAGGACUUCGCUGUCAAUUAUGGUUUAGAUGCUACCACAGCUUUAUUAUCUUUUACAAUUGGCUUAAAUAACUUAUCUUUAGAAAAAGCUAAAAAUUUAGAGGAUAAAGUACGUGGAAUUUUCGUUGAGAAGAUCAUCCCUGAACUUCAAAAGGGGAAAGAAAGUGGCUUCAACGAUAGAAUUGAAGCAAUUUUACAUCAAAUUGAAUUGAACUUCAAAAAUCAUAAACCAGAAUUUGGUAUAGGUCUAUUAAGUUCAGUCGUUUCUACUUGGGUUAAUGGAUUAAAUCCUGUUAAGUCACUACAAAUUGACCAUAUUUUAAACAGGUUCAAAGAAGACUAUAAACUCAAUGGCUUAAAGAUGUUUCAAGAUUUGCUUGAUGAAUCAGUUUUAAAGGAUGAUACUCCAAAGUUUAAGUUCACAAUGGAACCCGAUGAAAGUUUUGGAAAAAACUUGACAUCUCAAGAAACUGAAAGAUUGAAUAAGAAAAUUGAGGCCUUAACCGAAGAAGAUAAAGAGAUAAUCUACAAAAGAAGCAUAGAGUUGGCUGAGAAGCAGAAGAAAGAGGAAGAUGUAUCAGCCUUACCGACUUUGACGGUUAAAGACAUUCCACGAGAAGGCGAUUUUUAUCCUCUUGAUUUUGCAGACAUAAAUUCUAAAAAACUUCAAAAAAGAAUUGUUGAUACGAACGGGUUAAUUUACAUGAACGCUACUAAGGAUAUUUCAUAUUUACCUUCUAAAUACUAUGAAUACUUACCAUUAUUCGACUGUUGUCUUACUAAUUUAGCCGGUACAAGUAAGACACCAAUAACUGAAUUGGAGAUAAAAAUCCAAAAGUUGACAGGUGGUGUUACAUUCAAUGUUUCGGCUAAGACUGAUCCAUUUGAUAUCUCCAAGACUAAUAUGAAAUUUAUGUUAUCGGGUAUGGCUUUGAAAGACAAAUCUCAGAACGUGUAUGACUUAUGGUUUGAAAUUUUAACUCAAACGAAAUUCGAUUCCGAGGAUGAGCAAGUUGUUGAUAAAUUAUUCACUUUGGUUAAAAACUUAGGACAAAAUCAAAUGAAUACAAUCGCCGAUUCAGGUCAUUCUUAUGCAAAUUCUUACAGUAAUUCUCAACUUACACCUACAAAGUAUAUUCAUAAUUUAAUUGGUGGAAUAGGCCAAGUUUCGUUUAUUCUGGAUUUGAAUAGAAAAUUAGAAACAGAAGGCAGAGACUUUUUAAAGAAAGAGCUUUUGCCAGUGUUAAAGGAUAUUCAACGCCAUUUGGUUAAUGGUUUCACUGAUGGAAAUCAUUCAGGAUUCGAAUACAGCUUAGUUGGUGAUAGUGAAUCUGUUAUUAAAAAUGAAAAAAUGAUUAAAGAAUUUGACGAUUUAUUGACAGCAAAUUCUAAUCGAGUAGCUGGCACCAAUGAAUUAUCUUCCUUGAUUUCUCAAUUCAAUAGCAACAAAUUGGGUUUAAAUAACAAUGGUCGUAGUACGUUGAUCGACUUGCCUUUCCAAGUCGGAUAUGCUUCGUUAGCUAAGUUAGGAGCUGCAUAUACUAGUAAAGAUGGAGCUGCAUUGCGUGUUUUAUCACAAUUAUUAACCUUCAAACACUUACAUUCUGUUAUUAGAGAAGCAAAUGGGGCAUAUGGUGGAGGAUUACUGUUUGAUGGUUUAGGUGGAUGUUUGAAUUUCUACUCAUAUAGAGACCCUAAUCCACUUACAUCAGUUCAGUCUUUUAAGGAUUCGACUUCAGUUGCAUUAGGUAAAAUGAUAAAUUCUGAGAAUAAUGGUUGGAGUCCAAAAGAUUUGCAAGAAGCAAAAUUAACCAUAUUCCAAGGCGUGGAUGCACCUAGCCAUAUUUCUCUGCAGGGAUCCUUAGAUUUCCUUGAGCAUAUCACGGACGAGAUGAGGCAAGAAAGAAGAGAACGGUUUUUGGAUGUUACUUAUGAAGACUUGAAGAAUGUUACUGAGAAGUACUUGUUAAAUGGUUCACAGGAUAUUGUUACGGUGAUUGGAGAUAAUGAAACUCUCAAAAUUGAUUCUAGCGAUGCUCAGUGGAACAUUAAGAAAUUAACUGCCUAA